ACCCUCGAAUGUCAAUUGUCCAGAUAGCGUUACGUUACAGUAUAGGAUGACGUGUGUGUGUCAGCACACUUCAAUGAGGCUGGCUGUUUCUAGUUGUUGGUACAAAGCACUUUGGGUUGUGCACUGAAAUUGGCCAUCAAAGCCAAUACUAGCGUGGGAAGUGAAAGAGCCGCUUGCUGUUCUGGUCGACACUGGAGCGGGACCCAAACCGAACCCUUGUCCGAAUAGAAGCCCAAAUUGAUCCUAGGACAUCCAUGCCAUCAGAAUUUGACUGCGGUCAGUAUUCAUCCAUUCGCAGUCUACUCGAUUGUCCAGAUUCUGCUACGUUACAGGAUGACGUAUGUGAGUCCUUUCAUGUGGCUGAGACUGAAGCCGCUUCUGCAAAUCGAAACAAGACAGGAAAUGGCCUCGUGGACGAAGGCUGCCGAUGAGGGUCACGAAAUGGCUACGUCCUUUUUCAGCACAAUGGGCCUCAUCGCGGCGGGCUUCUUCACUUCAGGACCUCCCAGCUGGGGACUG